GCAGGAAGCGUCAGCAAACAACAGUACACGUCAGAAAUGGCUACAGGCGUGGAUCAAGCAGCUGGCAUGAGUCUUGUUGUCUUCAGCCUCCUGCUGUUUACAUACUACUCAGUCUGGGUCAUCGUCCUGCCUUUUGUUGACAGUGAUCAUGUGCUGCACAAGUACUUUCUUCCUCGGGAGUACUCGGUCAUCCUCCCUGGCAUCGCUGCAGUAAUACUGCUCCUGUGUAUUGGGGCCUUCACUGCUGUUGUCAUGUGGAAAAACCGUAAGCCAAAGAAAGCAGACUGAUCUCAGGAUCCCUGAUGCUGGACUCUCUCUGGGGCCCCACAAACAAAGAUCCCACCUCUGUUUUCUGAUGACAGCUCCUGAACAACAGCGUUCAUACUUACAAAGUUAGAUAGAGAUUUAUUUUUUAGAGAUUUUAUUAUACCUUAGACCUCGGCGCCCCCAAGUGGCAGCAUAAAUAACACACAGUGGACCAAACUUCUCUGGGAUUGUCUCAUUCUUCUACAGACCAAAAUAUGUCAUGAGAAUAACUGGAAAUGUCACAAAAAGGAAUUUACUGAUAGUGUGAUAAAUAUGUCAGAAAAUCGCUUUCAGUAUCAUAUUUAAAAGACCUACAGACUAAACAUAACCCUCCACUCUGUAGGAUUUCAUAGGGAUCCAGUUUAUUUCAGACCAAAUACUACAACAGGAUAAAACAACCCUGAUCACAAAGGCUCCAUGACGACAGAAUGUAAAUCCCUCUUCUCUGUCUUUUUAUUAGUCACACAAUGUGUAAGGUUUUGAGGUCAGGUUUUUUCUUCGUUCGGCUCCUCAUCAUGACGUCCUGCGUCAUUCAGUAAUGUUUGGCUGUUUGACACAUGAUUCAGUCCAUGGUGCAUAUUUGCAGUAAACACGUUGGCAAAUGUCAUCAGGAUUUUUUCCCUCUGAGGAAGUGAAACACUGGACACAGGUUGACAGGUUAAAGUGAGCUGGUUCAUUCUAAAAAGACACCAUAGCUGUGUCCCAGUUCAGAUUCUGUGUUUGAAGACCGAUUGCAUCACAGCGGCGCGACUAGACUGUCCCAUUUUAGAGGUUCCUGAGAAAUGCGUCUGGGACGUUCUUCUCCUGGGCCAUGAAGGUUCCAAUCGGUAGAUCUUUCGUGGUCCAAGAUUCAUUGUGAACAGGUAACGAAAACAAUGUGUCAGCAAACAAACUGACAGAGAGCCUGAGGAUUAAGUGUCAGUAUCGGGUUUCAGCUCAGUUCAAAAGCUAAUGGUACAACU